UACAAAGAGGUCGCUGAUCAUAAACUUCCGGUUCCAUUUGUGCAUGUGUUUGAACAUUGGCUUAUAUCUCGUUUUGCUGUUCCUGAAAGAGACAUAAACAUUCAAAAUGCAGGAGAUUGUGGCGCCCGUGUAUAAUAUAACGUUCGACAUAGAAGUUGCCUUGGAUCAGCAACUAGGGGCCCUGCCGUUGCCUUUCCCUGGCAUGGACAAAUCUGGGUCAGCAACAUGUAUCUUCCAUCUACGACAUCAGUGUAACAAGGGCACGGCAUGUCCCUUCCGUCAUGUUCGAGGUGACAGAACAGUUGUGUGCAAACAUUGGCUUCGUGGACUCUGUAAGAAGGGAGAUGACUGUGAAUUCUUACAUGAGUAUGACAUGUCCAAGAUGCCAGAGUGUUAUUUCUAUUCCAAAUUUGGUCAGUGUAGUAAUAAAGAAUGUCCGUUUCUUCACAUCGAUCCUGAAAAGAAGAUGAAAGAUUGUCCAUGGUAUGACAGAGGUUUCUGUCGUCAUGGUCCUAAUUGCAAGAACAGACAUGUGAGGAGACUGAUCUGUCAAAGCUACGUCAAUGGCUUCUGUAUUGAGGGCCCCAGCUGUAAAUACCAGCAUCCCAAGUUUGACUUGCCAGUCAGUGACCCAGUCCAGCAGGCCAAGAAGGCGUCCAUUGUCUGUCACUUCUGUGGAGAGGCAGGUCACAAAGUUCUCAACUGUACCAAGAUGCCCAACAAUGUCAAGAUGGAGCAGAUCAUGCAGAUGAACGAUACUUCCAUUUGUGAUCAACGCCGGCCUCUCGAUCAGGUCACAUGUUACAAGUGUGGCGAGAAGGGUCACUACGCCAACAGGUGCACCAAGGGUCACCUGGCCUUCCUCAGCUCCAGUGCAACAUAAUGUUGUGUGUUACGUAUGUUUUACAGCUUUGUUGCACCGUGUGGUAAACAUGUUGUGACAGAACUGAAAAGAGAGAGUGAGUUGUGUUUUGUGCCGCUUUGAACAGUAUUAGAGUUAUAUCACGGCAUGUCACCAUGAUGUGGACGGAAAGCCCUAACUGAGGCAGAUCAAAGAAAUUUACCACUUUGGUGAAACCCGAACAGACAGGUAUGGCGCUGACUAACCUACAAAUAUUAUCUGGCAAAUCUGUGAUCUAAACCCAUGAUCAUAGAUUCCGGACACGCCAAAGGGAUGCGACUCUCCACAGCUUAUUGCCGUCUGAACUGUUAAGAGAAACUAUGUGUUAUAAUGAUGCUCCUAAUUUCAACCAAUGGAAAUAGUUGAUUUCUGUUAAAAUGUUACGGUAUAUGUUUAUUACCGGUGACUUGGAGUGGAACGCUGGAUGCUGUGUGAGAUCAGAGACCGUAUAAUAGAUCUAUUAUAUGGUCUCUGGUGAGAUGUUUUCCAUACACAAGUGCUGCAGCCAAAGGAUUGUUUCUGAAGAAAGUUGAAGAGCACAGUGAACUUCAUUAGUUACCUGAUUUAAGAUGAUGUGACUUUUUGUUGAUGAUCUAGUCUUGAUAUUGACAACUCGAACACUCGUCCCUGACUGAUGUAUUUUCGCUUGUACCCAGAAUUUGUUGAUUUAAAAAAAGCGCAAUGGCAAUCUCAAA